CGCGCGCGCGCGCGCCCCGGCCCGGCCCGGCCCGGCACCAUGGACGUGGCGACCUCGCCCCCCGCCCCCCAGGGCGGCUUCAGCUUCCUCAACUGCCAGCGGAACACGGCGCUGGAGCAGGGUUUGGUCUCGCAGGGUUUCCAGGCCCCCAAGGCCAGGAAGACGGGGACGACCAUCGCUGGGCUGGUCUUCACGGAUGGGGUGGUGCUGGGGGCUGACACGCGGGCCACUGAUGACAUGGUCGUGGCUGAAAAGAAUUGUCUCAAGAUCCACUACCUGGCGCCCAACAUCUACUGCUGUGGGGCAGGGGUGGCAGCUGAUGCAGAGGCGACAACCCAGCUACUGUCCUCCAAACUGGAGCUGCAUUCCCUGGCCACGGGCCGCCCGCCCCGCGUGGUCACCGCCAACCGCUUCCUCAGACAGAUGCUCUUUCGGUACCAGGGCCACAUUGGGGCAUCCCUGAUUGUGGGCGGUCUGGACUCCACAGGGGCUCAUCUCUACAGUGUCCACCCCCACGGAUCCUCCAGCCGCCUGCCCUACAACUCCAUGGGCUCCGGGGCAGGGGCAAGUAUAUCACGGCUGGAGGACCGGUUCAAGCCUAAGAUGGAGCUGCUGGAGGCACAGGAGCUGGUGGCUGAUGCCAUCCAGGCUGGCAUCCUGGAGGACCUGGGCUCAGGCAGCAGCGUGGACCUGUGUGUCAUCACCCAGGAUGGAGCCCGCCUCCUGCGUGGCUACCGCACCCCUGCUGCCCCCAGCAAGAGGCUGGGCCGGUACCACUACAAGUCAGGCACCACGGCGGUGCUGAGUGAGAAGGUGGAGCUACGGUCCCUGGAGGUGCUGGAGGAACAUGUGCAGAGCAUGGACGUGGAGUGAGAGGUGCUGGGCUUUCAUGUGGGCAGCUGCCCCUCUCCCACAGCACAGAGAGGUUGUAGCCAUUUGGAAGCCAAACAGAGUCCACAGAUGUUCCCUGCUUAAAAUCUUUGCUAGGCAGAAGUUGGGGUUGGGAGUUAAACACACUCCAGGCAGCUUGCAGCCCUAAAAUUUAGAAUUUCAAAUGCUGAUAAAUCAGAGUCCAAGUUGAUUUAAUAAAAUAAGUCUAAAUGAUUUUGACUCCAGGUGUUACAUUUCCUUAAAGAGCUUGUGGGCAUGUUGGAGUGAUGGUUUAGCCAUGACGGUCCAAGAAACAUGUAAGAGGCAAGGAUUUCUGUGCAACCAGAGUUGUACUGUAGUCCUCUCAGUGGAAACACAAUUGGGCCCUCAGUUCUUAGAAUCACAGCUCUUGCCAUGGGGAACAAGCUGUUUUGGUGCCUCAAGGUACAAAACAAGUUAUCAUUUUAGGGUGUUCAGUUUUAACCUUUUAAGUUUAACCUUACUUGGAAUUUCUUUGAUUAUUUGAGAUUUGGUUGUGUGAUUAUUAUGAAAUUCUUGUAAUUGCUUUCUUUACUACUAAUAAAGACUGUCAAUCUGA